AUGGCAGAUAUCCAUCGCAUGUUACCAACUAAUUGGGAAAUUCUAUAUCUUGGUCAUUGCAGCAAUUGGGAAGGGAAAUCAGGUGAACCUUUGCCAGAUUAUAAUCAUGGACAAUCUAUUUAUAAACUUUUUAUAUCUAAUAGGCCAUAUUGUACAUAUGCUUACGCCGUUUCACAUCAUGGUGCUCUUAAACUAUUGAAGAAACUU